AACGCCGGCAUUGCAUGGUGUGCGACGGAAGGAGCUCACCUUGAAGGCACGCCUAGGCCUACGUACCUACGCAGCUCAGCCCUCUGGCAGCAAGAACUAAAUUUGUCUGUUCAAUGUCUUCCUCGCUUUUGGGACGUCUUCAGCAUACACGUGGGCCUUGGCAGCAGGUGGGGAGCAGCAGGCAUCUGAGAAUAGUCCCUGUACAAGCACAACCAGCGAUAGUGAUCCAAGCCACGAUCGCCAUGGCUGCCGCAAAGCCGACUCUGGUCUACUUUCCGCCCUCCUAUGCUGUAACCAAGGUGCGUUUCUUGAUGGAAGAGAAGGACAUCCACUACGACCUCAGGGCCGUCAACCUGCUCCUGUGCCAGAACCUGAAGCCCGACUACGUCAAGAAGGUCAAUCCGAAUGGCACCGUGCCCGCACUGGUGCUUCCAGACGGGAAGGUGCUCACUGAGUCCCUGGACAUCAUGAAGUGGGCUGACAACGUCGACGGCAAGCCCUUGGGCGGAUCCGAGGUGGACAAGGAGAAGGUUGACUUCUGGCUUGAGAAGAUGAACGAUUUUGACGGCAACUACUUCGCCGCGGCCUGGGCCCCAUCGCCGGUCGGGCCGCUGCUCAAGGACCAGCUCGAGUACAAGAAGGGCUUUGUCGAGCACUACGCAAAGAAGGACCCCGAGCUUGCCGACUUCUACAAGAGCAAGUCGGAGUGGACCACAAAGGAGCUGGCCAAAAUUGCGGACGCGAGCGAGAAGAAGAAGAUCAAGGACGAGGCUGCCUCGUUGUUGGGGACGGCCGAGAAGCAGCUGGCGGAGACGGAGUUUGUUGCGGGCCCCGUCAUCUCCAUUGCAGACGCCAUGUUUGCCACGCUCUUGUCGCGGACGGAGGUUGCCAGCAAGGAGCUGAUCAACGACUACCCGAAGGUUAAGGAGUACUGGAAGAAGUUCAAGGCGCGCAAGAGCUACGCGACUGUGGUGGCCCAGUACCAGGGUGCCGGGGCUCAGUUGGGCCUGCUGCCAUCUCUUGUGAGCCUGAAGUUCAAGAAGGCUUUUGGGUUUUAUUAAGCAAUUUGACUAAACCCUCCAUAAAGCAUAGUUGCGGUACUACGACAAGCGCGCCCGGUUUUACCUUCACCGGGGGGCCCAAGACUUGCGGCUUGUACAGCAUAAAAGAUGGUUCCGGCCGCAUGCUAUCGAAUUUACAUUGCCGGCUCGUAUGACGGUAACUGUAAUCAAGUCUUGCUGAUAGGAAAUUGUACAUAAAUUGACCUGAUAAUGGGGUGCACUGCUUAAGUAUUGCUCGAAUAUAGCUGCCUUAUGCGUCCUUCAAUGGUAACCCGCGCGUGAAGAAGGGAGAUUUUGACACAAUCAAUUGAGAAACUAAUGCCCGAAUUCGAUAAGCUGGUUUUGUUUUGGGUGUCCAUGUUUGAUCGUAGGACUCAAGUGGGAAAACGCACAAAGCGACCAGAACUCAGGCUACAUGCAAGUUCGUUCUCUCAAAGUCUAGCUGUUACUGCAACUUCGCUUCGGAACAAGUUACUUAUACUGCAUGUAAUGCAUAGCGCAUCCCAUUUACUGCAGCUAAGUUGAAGGCAUACA